AUCUACAAUCCCACUAUAAAAGAGAGUGAACCCCAUCAAUAAUUUCAUCAAUAACAAACUUAUUUUCUCAAAACUUCUCACAACAUCAUGAGAAAUCUCAACCCAUUACAAUCUUUUCUCUUCUUUACAAUUACAAUUACUUCCCUUGCAAUACUGAAUCCCCUUACCUUAGCAAACUCCCCAAGAACUACAAACAACCUCGUGACAAUCACGUGCAAACAAACACCCGACCCGGCCCUCUGCCAAUCCGCUCUCGGAUCCGACCCACGAAGCUCCAAAGCCACCGAUACCCAAUCACUAAUCCUCAUCAUGGUAGACGUGGUAAAAACCCGUUUCUCCGAUUCGCUUCAUUACGUUGAGGACUUGACCCGGAAGACCCACGAUCGGGUUACGAUCAAGGGUCUUCAACAGUGUAUCCAACUCUACCGGGUUGUGGUGGAUACAAGUAUAGAUUUAGCAAAGAGAGCUGUACAGCAAGGAGACCCUAAGUUUGGGGAAGAAGCUAUGGUAGAUGCGGGUAAUGAGGCGGAAGCUUGUAGGAUGGGGUUUCCAGAAGGUAAGGUUCCGGGUCAGAUCACGGGUCGGACUCAGAUGCUCCAUGGGGUUUCUAAUGUGGCUGCUUCCAUGAUUAAGACCUUAGAGUGAUGUGUUAAUUUGUGCCAAAAUAAGUGUCCCAACCUUAUCUUAUGUCUACCACUCCAUUAUUUUCCUUCGCCUAUUAAAAUAAUUAUAACUUCUUUAUAUAACUAUUGAACAAUUUUCAAUCUUA